AUGUUUGGGGUCCAGUUUGCUGUCAGCAGUGGAAGAUGCACCAGAGGGGCCUUCAUGCUACUGAUUAAAGUCAACAAAGAACUCAAGGAGGAGCUGAAAUGUGACUUCAUCAUGGUCAUUGACACAGAGGGGUUGAAAUCACCAGAGUUGGCUCAACUAGAUGAUAGCCAUGAACAUGACAAGGAACUGGCAACACUGGUGAUUGGACUCAGUGAUGUCACUAUCAUCAACAUCUCCAUGGAGAACUCCACAGAGAUGAAAGACAUUCUGCAGAUUGUUGUUCAUACCUUCCUCAGGAUGAAGGAAGUGGUGAAGAAACCAGUAUGUCAUUUUGUUCACCAGAAUGUGUCAGACGUGUCUGCUCAUGACAACAACAUGAGGGACAGGAAUAAGUUGUUGGAACAGUUGAAUGAAAUGACCCAGGCAGCAGCCAGAAUGGAGAAGAAGGAGAAUAUCACCAAGUUCACUGAUGUGAUGGAGUAUGAUCCAGACACAAGCAGCUGGUACAUCCCAGGACUCUGGCAUGGGACUCCCCCUAUGGCUCCAGUCAAUGCUGGCUACAAGCACCGUCUGGAACUGUAUAUGCAGAAAGUUGGACUGCAACAGUAUUUCCCACAGAAACUGUCGUUGAAUACCAUGCUAGCAGUCGAUGGCCAGAUGUUGGAGGACAACCACGCUCCAACUCUACAGUCCCUACCAUUGUGUUUUCUGAAAGAACUGAUGAGGGUGAAUGUGUCAGCAAGGGAUGUGCAGUCUGAUGAUGAAGAUCUUAUAAACCCUCUAGACCUCACAACAGCCCUGUUUCUGUGUUCAGAUAGUUUCCUGCAGCAGGAUAUGGCUCUGAAAAUGACCAUGUGUCAGUUUUCUGUUCCUCUCCUGCUGCCAAACUGUGACACAGAACAAAGCAUGUUGAUGCUGUGGGCCAUGAGGGACAUAGUGAAGAAGUACAGGCCUCAUUCAAUGAAAGACCAGAAAGGGUAUGUUGAGAAAAGUAUUGUGCUCACUGAACUCCCUAUGGUGUCAUUUGUUAGACUGGGAAACAGCACAUUAUCAAAGUCUCAGCUUCUGAAUGAUGUUCUAAGCUGUUCUCAGCAGAAUUACAACACCUUUGUUCACAGUAACAUGCCAGCUGGCAACAUUCCAAGAACUAUUUCUGAUGGGUUAGUGGAAAUCAGCUGGUACCUGCCCAGUGGCAACCCAAACAUUGACGUCUUCACCGAACCUGUGGCUGUAGCUAAUCUUCGUGGUGAUAUCCAGGAUUUUCAGACCCAGUUCUCUUUCCUCUGCGAGACGUCAGCAGCGGUGUUUGUGUUCUGUGAUGAUUUGGGCUCUGACAGCAGUAUUCUGAACCUCCAGAAGAUGAAAGAUCGACUGUUCAUUGUAUGCAACUCUGAGGCUAAGAGCUAUGAUGCAGCCACGUUUGAGAAACACUCUGGUGUCAUAAUAAGGAAAGACAGGCAAAUAAACAACGCACAGCUGGCGAAGAAGCUCCGGACUUCCGAAGAAGAGCGCUCCUAUUUCCUAAAGUGGAUGAAGCUCAAUCUGGACAACCUGUCAAGAGCACAUCUGUCCUCUCUCAGAGAAAAAUAUAAAGAACUGUGUCAAAGUACCCCAAACAAGAAAGACCUCAUUGCCGAUUUAGACAAACAGAUCUCAAACAGUUCCUUAGGAACUGAACAUUUCUUAAGAGAAGUUGGACAGAUGUACGAGGCAACCAUGUCCUCUGAAAGCAAUGAGACUCAACAGCAAGUUCAAGGACUGCCAAGUAUCUGUGCCCAAUUAAUGUUGGAUGGGUUUCCACUGGAGCUGAUGGAUGGUGAUGCAUCAAACAUCCCAAUGAAGUGGAUAUCAGAUGUUCUGCAGGAGCUCCACUUUUUGACUAUGUCAAACAGUAAGAUCCGGGUGGUUUCUGUUUUAGGGGUCCAAAGCUCUGGAAAGUCCACCCUUCUGAAUACCAUGUUUGGAGUCCAGUUUGCAGUGAGCAGUGGAAGAUGCACCAGAGGGGCCUUCAUGCAGCUUAUCAAAGUCGAAGAGGAAUUCAGGGGUAAACUAAAAUGUGACUUCAUCAUGGUUAUUGACUCAGAGGGGCUAAAGGGACUUCAAUCUACCCGCCUUACUGACAAUUAUCAGCAUGAUAAUGAACUAGCCACACUUUUGGUAGGACUGAGUGACAUCUCAAUUGUGAAUAUUGCUAUGGAGAACAGCACAGAUAUGAAAGACACAAUGCAGAUUGUAGCCCAUGCCUUCCUCAGGAUGAAAGAAUUAGGGAAGAAGCCCAGGUGUCAGUUUGUGCACCAGAAUGUUGGAGAUAUAUCUUCUCAUGACAAAAACCUUUGGGACAGGAAGCGUCUUCUUGAGCAGCUGAAUGAGAUGACAACUUUAGCAAGCAGGAUGGAAAAUACUGGUGACGACACUAAGUUUACUGACAUCAUAGACUACAGUCUUGAGGACACAUGUUACAUCCCAGGUCUCUGGCAUGGCAGUCCGCCCAUGGCACCUGUCAAUGUGGGUUACAGUGAAGCUGUGGCCAAUUUCAAGAAGAAGUUGAUUAAUGUGUUCAAAAAGGAGGAAGCCUCAAACACACAAACAAUCCCAGAGUUACAGUCUGAGAUUAUACGUUUAUGGACGUCAAUUAAAUAUGAGAACUUCAUCUUUAGUUUCCGCAACAGCAUUGUGGCUGAGGCAUACAGCAAGCUGUGUGUGGAGUUUGAUCGAUGGGAGAGAGCCUUCCAAAAGCACAUGUACACCUGGCUGAUCAAAGCAGAAACUAGGGUGGCAAACUACGGCAUAAAGGGGUCGCGCCAAGAGUCUGCCCUGGAUGACCUCUUAAACAGUAUUGAGAAAGAGGUGCUAUAA